AUGCUUUCUUGCCCUUCUCCUUCUUCCUUCCACCUCCAUCUCCAUCGCCGCCCUCAUCCCACAACCGUCUCCUCCUCCCUCCAACACCACCCUAACCAUCCCCCUACCCCUACAUCUGACCCUGUCCUCCGUACUCAUAACUCAAAAACUGUCUCCUUUCUCCACCAUCGCACCACCAUCACCGAUAAAACAAAGAACCCACCCCAAGGAAAUGAAAAUGACCGCCAGCAGCACCAAGAUUCUGCACAACCUAACGAUAAUAAACGGACAACCGGACAGCUUGUAGUUCCACCUCAAGAAAAAUUAAACAUCCUAGAAAUGUCCCUCGUCUCCGAACGCGUCCCCCAAUACCCGGGCUCCAUUUACACCAAUUCCCUCCCUUCUCUUCAAUCCGUAUUGCGAACCCAAAACCACACCCAACACCCGGACAACGACGACGAUGAGGAUGAGGAGGCGAUGAUAAUGCGGGCGCUUGAGAUUAGAAGGAAGGUGACGGCGGAGGUUUUCAAGGGAGCAAUGAAAAAGGGAAAAUUUGGAAUCACGUAUUCGACGAAUUUGGUUAAUAGGUUGUCGGAAUUUAUUGAUCACGUGAUGAUUGAAGCGGCUGCUUUGAAAAGGUUGCCUGAGUUUGAGGAUUCUACGUUUAAUGUUCGUGCUAAGGUUGUUAUUGAUGACUCCAAUGUUGUUCCUCUUAUAAGGUGGUUGAAGCACAAUAACCUCUCAUAUCCUAAAAUUGCAAAGCUGAUAUGCAUGUCUAAAGGAAAUCUUGAGUCUAUAAGACGACUUGUUGAGUGGCUCAAGACUGUUCAUGUGAAAGGUGAAUUUUUAGGGGUUACGCUUUUGAAAUCCGGAGAUGAUAUUUUGCAACGUAGCAUUGAAGAUUUGGAUGAGAUUGUUGAGUAUUUGGAGAGUAAUGGAGUUAAGAGGGAUUGGGUGGGUUUUGUUAUCAGCCGAUGUCCAAGGCUGUUGUCCUAUAGCAUGGAGGAAGUGAAAAUACGUGUGGAGUUUUACUUGAACAUGGGUAUGAAUGAGAAUGACUUUGGGACAAUGGUAUUUGAUUAUCCUGGCGUACUCGGCCAGUUUACUCUUGAAGAGAUGAAUCAAAAGGUUAAUUAUCUGAGAGAGUUUGGCCUCAGUACUGAAUAUGUUGGGAGAUUACUAGCAUUCAGGCCACAAUUGAUGGGUUGUAGCAUUGAAGAAAGAUGGAAGCCUCUUGUUAAGUACUUAUAUUACCUUGGAAUUUCCCGAGAUGGAAUGAAGAGAAUGCUUACCAUUAAGCCAAUGGUUUUCUGUUUUAAUUUGGAGACAACAAUUGCACCCAAGGUACAAUUUUUCCGGGACCUAGGUGUUCGAGAUGAUGCCAUUGGUAAUAUGCUUGUUAAGUUCCCUCCCUUACUAACAUACAGCCUCCACAAGAAAAUUCGACCAGUGGUCAUUUUGUUGAUGACCAAAGCUGGUGUCAAUGAGAAGGAUAUUGGAAAGGUUAUAGCAUUGGGACCAGAGCUCUUGGGUUGCAGUAUAGCAAAAAGGCUUGAAGUUAAUGUAAAAUAUUUUCUGUCACUUGGCAUACGAGUUAGACAGCUGGGUGAGAUGGUUGCUGAUUUCCCUAAACUUCUUCGAUACAAAGUAGAUCUCCUCUAUCCGAAGUACCGAUAUCUACGAAGAACUAUGGUCCGUCCCUUGCAGGAUGUGAUUGAGUUUCCCAGGUUUUUCAGCUAUUCUCUAGAAGAGCGAAUAAUUCCAAGGCACAAAAUUAUGGUGGAGAAUCGGGUUAACUUCAAACUUCGCUACAUGUUGGCAUGCACUGACGAUGAGUUCAAUGAAAGGGUUGCAGAUAAGGUUGAAAGGCGGCGAAGAUUUGAAUCUGGUCUAUUAGAUGAUGCUCCAGUUGAUUCUCAAACAGCUGAAGGCUCCUUGGGGAAGGCAGCAAUCGGAGACUGUCCCACGAGUAAGAGUGCAUUUUCGAAAUUUUCCUGAGUGAUAUUACUCAACGGAGAGGACUGUCACAGAAAUAGAUUUUUCCAGAAGUGAGGAUUCUCAAGGUUUGUCACUCCGAACAUGGAUGACAUCGCCACUUUUAAUAUUUUUUAAACCCUCAAUGGCCUCAUUAGUUUUUGUAUGUAAAUACUAAUGAAUUUUUUUUCUUUUUCUUUAAGCCUGGACCAAAGGGUUUGUGCAUAUUAGCCUGAUUGUAUAUCAGAUGUAUUUAUUUACAAAACGAAGGUAAUAUAACAGGAGAAAA